AGAGAGUACAAGAAAGUAAACAAAAUUGAAUAAACAAUAAAAUAAAAUAAAACCAUGAAUUUGAUAUCAAAAAAGACUUAAAAAAAAACGUAUAACGACUCUCUUCUUUUUUUUUUUCCUCUUUCUUAAAUUCAACAUUCCAGGACAUCAACUUUUUCAUCAUCAGCUGUUGCUGACUUUAUCACUCAAUCUAAGGCAUCCAUGGGAGCAUUUCAACCUGAAAGAGAAAAUGGGAAAGAACAGGGAAGAAAAACAGAGGAGGAAGAAGAAACAGGGAAUUUUGAAGGAAAAGAUAUGGAGAAAGGUGAAAUGGAGGGUGAAGGAAAAAUAUUUGGUACAAACCCACAAACUAAUUUUAAUGCUUCAAUGUUAAGAACAUUAAAUCCUACUAAUCCUUUAAGAAUUGUGAAUUCAAGAUUAACUACUCCAGCUCCUCCUCCUGCAUAUUCCCAACAUCCUCCUCCUCCUCCUCCUGUUCGGCCGCCUCGGCCUCAUGUUCAUCCUCCUUCUCCUCCUCCUCAUGUUCAUCCUCCUCCUCCUCCUCCCCAUGUUCAUCCUCCUCCUCCUUCUCAAUCCAGAUUCAUUCCGACAACUACACCAAUUCCUCAGCAAUCAGUGUUUUCACUGAAUUCAAGAGGAUAUACAAACAAGAUUUCUUUAAUUCUGUUUAUAUUGCAUAUGGUGGCAGCAAUUGGUUUGGUGGGUUUUUUGAUAUACAAAGCAAUUGAAGGAUUUGUAAGAGGAGGAAAAUUUUGGAGAAAAGAACAAGAUAUAUUGAAGCAUUAUUUACCUCAAGUUGAAGCUUCUUCUUUUCUGAGUAUAGUUUUAGCAUUUUCAUGGCAGAAAGCUGUUAGGGUUUGGCCUAAAUUUAUGGUUUAUUUCAUAUUAUGGGGUAGUUUUGUUAUGUCAUUAGCAGCUGGGAUUAUGUUAAUUUGCUUUCAAAAACCAACUACUGAUGCAUGUGGAGUUGCUCUUAUUGCAUUUGCUAUUGGGAAUGGUUUAUAUUCUUGUUGGGUUACCCAAAGAACAAAUUUUUGUACCAAAAUUUUGAUGAAAUCGCUCGAACCAGUAUCGAAAUUUCCUGACUUGAACCAUCCUACAUACUAUAUGCUCAUUGCUGGGUUCAUUUGGAUGUCUCUUUGGAUUUUGGCUGUGAUUGGAGCUCUAAAUUUCUACUUUCCACCAUUGGUUAUUAUUGGACUUGUUUUGAGCUUAGCUUGGACUACUGAAGUUAUGAGAAAUGUAGCUAAUUUAACAGCGAGUAGAGUAAUUGCUCUAUAUUAUCUUAGAGGAAUCCAAUCUAGCACUAGUGUUUGCUUCCAAAGAGCACUUACUAGGAACCUUGGAAGUGCUUGUCUUGGUUCACUUUUCGUGCCUACAAUCGAAGCCUUGAGGAUCAUCUCUCGUGGGUUGAAUCUGGUUGAGGGUGAAGAUGAAUUCAUGUUUUCUUGUGCUCAUUGUUGCUUGAACAUCAUGAACUCUAUCUUUAGAUAUGGCAAUGGUUGGGCUUAUGUUCAGAUAGCUGCUUAUGGGAAAAACUUUACAAAGUCAUCAAUAGAUACAUGGGCACUAUUUGAGCAGCAAGAAAUGGAAGCAAUAGUUGAUUCAGACAUAAUCUCGGCGGUUUGCUUCCUUGCCGGAGUAUGCAGUGGCUCGGUUUGCGUGAUAAUGGUGGCGCCCUGGACUCAUGUUGUGCACCAAGCCUACACAGCCACCCUUUCUCUCUUGGCCUUUUAUGUUGGUUACCUCAUGACAAGGAUAGCAAUGGCUUUGCCUCAUGCUUGUGUGAGCUGUUACUUCGUUUGCUAUGCUGAGAAUCCACAGAACAGGCUGUUUAAUGAUAAGAUCAUUUCUGGUCGUUUAGAGUUGAUCAAAACUGGUCGAGAUGUUGGUGCUCCAACUCCUAGAGUUCCUCACAGGUUCAAUAGAUGAUACUUCUGGAGACUCUUCUUUAUGUCAUGUGGAUCAUUACUUCCUAUUCCUAAUUUUAUGUACUUACUUAACUUCACUAAUCCCUUUUUAUUUUUUAUUUUUUUUUAUUGUAAUUCUAAAAGAAUCUUUUUGUAUAUAGUAUAACAUUUUUUUGUUUUUGAUCAAUAAAUUAUUAAUGUCAAUGUUACAUUGGUAAAAACCAUUAUUGUAGUAUUUAUUACUACUUACUAGUUGUUUUGUUGUAGUACUCCUGGAAUAAAAUCAUACACAUGCUAAUCGUAAAUUG